AUGGCAGCCACGGCCGAGCUACGCCGGACUGGCCUACUUUGUUUGGGUGGAUGGGAUUCUUAAUUCAGCCGUGAGAGGGCAAAAGAUUUAACCUGCAUGCAUUGUGGCGUCUCAUUCCUUUCGGGAGGCGUUUUCCUUGAUUUACCUGUUUAUGCUUUGGCUCAUUCGUGUGGACUUUUCUCAUUACCUUUUUGGGGGGUGAUUAGAUUGUUGGAAAUCCGUUCAUGGUGUGAAAACAAUUCCCAGCUAGUAUGUUGGCGUGUCGCCGUAGGUGACAGCGACGGUCAUCUUGACCCCAAUCUAUGGAUUAGUGUGUCUACGUCCCAACAGCGGCAGCACAACUCCUCUCGAAGCGCCCAUUAAGUUAGGGCGAUCAACACAGGAGGGGUUGAUGGAUUCAUUGGACAGCAAUGAUCCAAAAUGAGCAGGUAUGCUAAUUAGUGGCAGUGGAUGUGAUAGGCAAGCAGCCAGUCAC